CACAAUUCCAACACAACAUGGAAGACGGGCAACUCCACGAGUUUCUCGACGCAGUGGGCCAGCGCUACACGCCCGCCAUUCCCGAUGAGGUGAUCGCGUACUACCUCGAGAGCGUCGGCUUCACAACAGACGACCCCCGCAUCAUCCGCAUGGUUGCGCUUGUCGCGCAGAAGUUCGUGCUGGAUGUGGCGCACGACGCCAAGCUGUUCCACCAGCACCGCUUGAACGGCCACACCGGUUCAGUCCACUCAGAUAAAGUGUCGUUAACGAUGGAGGAUCUGGCGGCAAGUUUGCGGGAAUACGGCGUGAACCUGUCCAAACCAGAGUACUUUUGCGACAGCGCCAGCACGCUUCAAAGCGUAGGGUCAGCACCCAAUGCGACGGCAGGAAAACCACCGACUAAGAAGUAACUUCGACCCGAUUUUUUGUCCUUCUGAAAC